AUGUCCAAUCAGCAGGAUUCCUGGUCUGCGCAACAACGCCCCAUUGGGCAGCAAUUCAACCGCCAACACCCACCAGUUCUUCCACCCCCAGCAACAUUAGAACAAGGAGGACAACAAUUUUAUCCGUUACCCAGUUUACCAAGUCUCGGAAAUGGCAAUGGCCACCCACAACAUGGACAUCAGUUUACAAUCCCUUCAAUCAACCCUGUUAACGACCCAGUUCAACUUGGACAGCCUUCGGACCAUUCGAGACAGGGUGCAGAUAUAAGAAGACCCUCCGGUGUUGGAUUUGGAACGCCUGGAAACGCGCCAUUGCCACCUCCUUCGUCCUUAACUAAUUUGAACUCGGAGAGUCUGAUUCUCAACACCGACAUUGGAUCAUCUCAGCACCAGCACCAGCACCUCCACCAGCAACCGCAACCGCAACCGCAACCGCAGCACCCAACUGCUCCUCAACACCAAGUAUCAGCAACCGCCUCGCAGCAUCAAGUAUCUCCAUUGGGAAACAACGCCGUACCUCCUGCGGGUCUUCCGAACAGAUCCUCCACAAGCAAUGUUUAUAGACCGUUAAAUGUGAAGGAUGCGUUAUCGUAUUUGGACCAGGUCAAAAUCCAGUUUUAUAAUCAAGCAGAGGUUUACAACAACUUUCUCGAUAUCAUGAAAGAUUUUAAAUCGCAGAGCAUUGAUACUCCUGGUGUUAUUGAUAGAGUGUCUACAUUAUUCAAAGGGCAUCCUAACUUGAUCCAAGGCUUUAAUACCUUCUUACCUCCCGGGUACAAGAUUGAAUGUUCCAUGGACCCAUCAGACCCAAACCCUAUUCGAGUGACCACCCCAACUGGCACUACCACGAGGCCAAAUGUUGCGGGCACUACCUACAAUCAAGGCUGGGGAAAUGAGGAAGCUUCUGCUGUGACUGCAGCUGCCCAGCAACAGCAACAGCAACAGCAGCAACAGCAGCAAGCCCACGAUUCGACUAACCACGCGAAUGGAUCUGGACAAAUUGAUUUCAACCACGCAAUCACCUAUGUGAACAAGAUCAAGACUAGAUUUGCCAACCAGCCUGAUGUUUAUAAACAGUUCCUUGAAAUCUUGCAAACUUAUCAAAGAGAGCAAAAACCCAUUACUGAAGUAUAUGAGCAAGUCACGGAGUUGUUUUCAAAUUCACCCGACCUUUUGGACGACUUUAAACAGUUCCUUCCGGACACAAGUAAUCAAGGAUAUCCUCAGCAGCAAGUGCAAGAUAAAGGUUUUGUUGGAAAUGGUAAUCAAUUACCACCAGUGGGAAAUUUUGGGCCAAUUGGUACUAGUCCCUCGCAUUCUCCGUACGGACAACAGACCCAACGCUUGCCAGGGAUUACCGGCUCUGUUCAAGAACAUCAAAAAGGACUACCUGAGAAUGCUGUUGGCAUUCUGAAUUUUCAACGGAAAAAGUCCUUGGCUGACGCUGAAAUGGAAAAUUAUAACCAAGAAAUUCAAUACUCUGGUAUUCGUUCUGGCUUGGUAGAUCCCAAACUAAAUAAGGCUGCUGUUCGUGCAGGAGUUGUACCGGUCCAAGCUCAAGUUGUUGCUACCACUCCUGUCAACCCAACGUUAAUCCCUGGUAUUCCUGAGCCUGUUCCGCCAGUAGGUACUGCCAAAUCUUCAUCUCUUUCGGAAGAGAUCAGCUUUUUUGAUAAAGUUAAGCGUGCUUUGGGCAAUAAACAAACCUACAGCGAGUUUUUGAAGCUCUUGAAUUUGUUUACACAAGACAUCAUUGACAAAGAAACGUUGGUGGAACGGGUUGAAGGGUUUUUGGGUGAUAAUAAUGCGGACUUGUUUGAGUGGUUUAAAUUAUUUGUUGGAUAUGAAGACAAACCACAAAAUUUAGAAAACAUCACCUUCAAAAAACAUGCGUUGGAGCUCUCAUUGUGCAAAGCUUAUGGUCCAUCUUACAGGCAGCUUCCAAAAGCGGAGACCUUUAUGCCUUGCUCAGGCCGUGAUGAAAUGUGCUGGGAAGUUUUAAAUGAUGAAUGGGUCGGCCAUCCUACUUGGGCUUCUGAAGAUUCUGGUUUUAUUGCUCAUCGUAAGAACCAAUAUGAAGAAAUCUUGUUCAAAAUUGAGGAAGAGCGACUUGAAUUUGAUUACUAUAUGGAAUCGAAUUUGCGAACUAUUCAAAUUUUGGAAACCAUUGCGAAUAGAAUCGCAAACAUGACCCCUGAACAAAAGGCAAACUUCAAGUUACCUCCAGGUUUGGGUCAUAAUUCAACUACGAUUUACAAAAAGGUCAUUAGAAAGAUUUACGACAAAGACCGUGGAUUUGAAGUGAUUGAUGCAUUACAUGAAAAUCCUGCCAUUGCUGUGCCAGUUGUGUUGAAACGGUUGAAGCAGAAGGAUGAGGAAUGGAAGCGUGCUCAGAGAGAGUGGAAUAAGGUUUGGAGAGAAAUGGAGCAAAAAGUAUUCUACAAAUCCUUGGAUCACUUGGGGUUGACCUUCAAACAAGCCGAUAAGAAGUUGCUCACAGCAAAACAAUUGGUUAGUGAAAUCAGCACGGUCAAGGUAGAACAACAAAAUAAAAGGCUUCAUCCGCUUACACCAAAACCACAAGAACAAUUGAAUUACGAAUUUGGUGAUAAUGAAAUCUUGUUUGAUAUUUUGAAGCUCGCAAAUGUGUUUAUAAAUCGCUCGUCGACAUACUCUGCUUCAGAUAGAGUGAAAUUGGUCCAGUUUUUCAAAUUUUUCCUUUCAUUGUUUUUUGGAAUCCCUAAUGAGACGAUUGAUGAGGCAUUGACAAAGAGGGGUGGUGAUGAAACCUAUGAGGGUAACGAGGAUGAGGAGCCUCCAAAUGUUCAAAAUAAUACAACUGAGUCUUCAAAAAAGAGAAGCCGCGAGUCGGAUUUGUUGAAAGAUGUAUUAAAGAAGGUCUCCAAGUCGAAGAAGGAUGAUCGAGCGGACUCUCCAGGCCCACAGUCAUCUGAAAACAUUGCGCAAGAAGUAAGCGACGAGCUUGAAAGGUCAAGUGAACUUUGGGUGAAAUCUGCCAACGCCAAGUACGCUCAAGGUGAGGAAGCUACACCUCAAGCCAAACGAAACAAUUUCAACUUGUUUUGCAACACCACAAUCUACGUGUUUUUCCGUCAUUUGACAACAUUGUACGAAAGGCUAUUGGAGAUUAAAAACAUGAAUGAGGCCAUUGGAAAUGAUAUAAGGAGUCGUAAGUAUCCUCAAUUUGCAAAAGAUUUGAACCUUGUUUCUCAUCAAUUAGAAGAUAUGGGAGUCAACAUCGUGGGCACAAAGGACUGUUACCAGCAAGUUCUCAGCUUGGCUGAUAGGUUGAUUGAAGGCGACAUUGAACAUCAAUGGUUUGAAGAGAGUUUACGUCAAGGGUACAAGAAUAAAGCAUACAAGAUGUAUACGGUUGAUAAGGUGAUCCAGGCUUUGGUCAAACACAUGCACACAAUGGUCACUGAUGCAAAAACUUCGGAAAUUAUUGUUUUAUUUGAAAACGACCGUACCAAGCCUACUCUGAGUGCAAAAGAGCAGAUACUAUAUCGUAUUCAAGUUCGUAGCUUGAUGUCGCCUGAGGAAAACAUGUUCAAGAUCUCAUACAAUGAGGACACUCACAAGGCUAAUAUUCAAUUUAUCAGUAUAGAUGACCUCACGUUGAAUGAUCAAGGCAGUAGUGAAGAGCAGUACAAUUAUUAUGUGACCAGCUACAUUAUGUCACACCCCACUGAGGGUGUUCCUGCGUCCAAGUUGAAUAUGCCGUUUUUGAAAUCGUUCAUUGAGCUGGUGGAGGAGGACGAUGUGGAGGGCCGUGUUUCUUCUGAAUUGAAAGUUUCAGUGUGUGAAAAUUCAUAUCGUUUGUAUUUUGAAGGUGGCUCACAUGACGAGUUUGUUUCCAAUAAGGUGUACAAGAAAUCAGCUGAUGAAGCUGGUUCUGUGGAUGGCAAGGUGGCUUCUUUAAAAGCUUUAGUUGAUGGUGAGUAUGGCUGGAAAUCGACCCUAGAAGAAGGUGGCGAUGAAACUGCUGACAUUGAAGCCACUCGUGUAUUGUUUGAAGAAGGGGGAGCCAAGUACAAGGAUCAGUUGAACAAGUCGAGCACGCAAGAUGCUACUGAGAAGGAAGUUGUUGAAGUUGAGGGUGCUAAAGAUGUAGAAAUGUCUACCAAUGAACCUAGCAAGAAGGAGGUGGAGGAUGUUGUUGAAAAAGUUGAAGAGCAAGAUGAAGAGAAUGAGGACAAAGAGAAGGAAGUGGAUGUAAAUUAG